UGAACACUUCCUCGGCCACCUCGAAUCCGGCCAUAUUGAUAUAAUUAAACUCGCAUACGUCUCUCCAAGCUCAAAAGAGAUCACCAUGACAGGAUGACACUGCCACGUCACUUCCUACUCCUCCAUUCGAGACUCGUCUCGCCUACAAAAACAUAAUUCAUAGCUGCUACUGAUCACUACGUAUCAGAGGCUAGCAAGAAUUUGUCAUGGAGAGCAAGAAGGCUACCACCAACGCCGGCGCCGCGGCCGAUUUUGAGAAUUUGGAGUACGUUUCGGGCUUCGGCAAUCACGUGUCGUCGGAGGCCAUCGCCGGAGCUUUACCACAAGGGCAGAACAGUCCUCUCAUCUGUCCUUAUGGUCUAUACGCUGAGCAGAUCUCUGGCACCUCCUUUACUGCUCCCCGCAAGCUCAAUCUCCGCAGUUGGCUAUAUCGGAUUAAGCCAUCUGUGACACACGAGCCAUUUAAACCUAAAGUUCCGACCCAUGGAAAGUUUGUAAGUGAAUUUAACCAGUCAAAUAGCUCGGCUACACCAACUCAACUACGGUGGAGACCAGUGGAGAUUCCUGAAGCACCAACAGAUUUCAUUGAUGGCCUGUUCACCGUAUGUGGGGCUGGCAGUUCAUAUCUCCGACAUGGUUAUGCUAUUCACAUGUAUACUGCUAAUAAAUCUAUGGAGAAUUGUGCAUUCUGCAGUGCUGACGGAGACUUCCUUAUUGUUCCUCAGAAAGGAAAGUUAUGGAUCACGACUGAAUGUGGGAGAUUGCAAGUGGUUCCUGGUGAGAUAGUCGUUAUACCUCAAGGGUUUCGCUUCGUUGUUGACCUGCCAGAUGGGUCUGCACGUGGUUAUGUUGCUGAGAUUUUUGGAACUCAUUUUCAGCUUCCUGAUCUUGGGCCAAUAGGUGCCAAUGGUCUUGCUGCUCCAAGGGAUUUUCUUGCUCCAGUGGCCUGGUUUGAACAGAGCACCUGUCCAGGUUAUACCAUUGUACAGAAGUUUGGUGGUGAACUUUUCACUGCAAAGCAGGAUUUCUCUCCAUUCAAUGUGGUUGCUUGGCAUGGCAAUUAUGUUCCUUAUAAGUAUGAUCUAAGCAAGUUCUGCCCUUACAAUACUGUUUUAAUUGAUCAUAGUGAUCCAUCAAUAAACACUGUUCUAACAGCUCCGACUGAUAAACCUGGUGUAGCAUUACUUGAUUUUGUCAUCUUCCCUCCCCGAUGGGUCGUUGCUGAACAUACUUUCCGCCCUCCCUAUUACCAUCGUAAUUGUAUGAGUGAAUUUAUGGGUCUAAUUUAUGGAGGAUACGAGGCAAAAGCUGAUGGUUUUCUCCCAGGGGGUGCUAGUCUUCACAGCUGCAUGACACCUCAUGGUCCUGAUACCAAAUCGUAUGAGGCUACAAUUGCUCUUGGCAGUCAAGCUGGACCUCAGAAAAUAGCUGACACGAUGGCUUUCAUGUUUGAAUCAUGUUUAAUCCCGCGAGUGUGUCAAUGGGCACUUGAAUCUCCCAACAUGGAUCAUGACUAUUAUCAAUGCUGGAUUGGUUUGAAAUCCCAUUUUACAUGUGAAGCUACAACGGUGGAGAAUACAGACUUGCAGAAUGGGCAUAAUUAGGAGAAGUAUGGAAGGCUUUUACCCUUUGAUGGAUUUCUUAAGAGCAGAAGCAGAAAAUGCCAUCCCGAUAGAACAUCGCCUAUAAAGGAUAAUAUCUGAACCGUCUCCUUCUUGUGGUAUAAUAUAUUAAAUAAGCUGUUGUACAUAUACUUGAUGCUUUUAGAUGGAAAGGUAUUUCGCAUAUAUGUAUGUUUAGCUAGUCUACCGAAAGUCGGAGCUAAUAGAAGUAUUAAACGUGACGUAUUGAUUGUUUAAAUUCGCGGUUCUAUCAGUGGUUUCUUUGUUUAGAUUCGCGGAAAUCUAUCGGUGGUUUCUUUAA